UCUGUCAUCGCCGCUUUCACUUCGUUUUUCAGUUCCUUUUCACCGCUUUUAGUCGAAUUCUUUCCCGUUGCAUUUGGUUCUCUUCUUUUCCAGCCGUCUGCUCUCUCCCCCCUCUCUUCUCUCUUCGCCUCGCUUUGUCUCAGAGUAGAUAGUUUUGCGAGAUUUUUCCCCAUUUUUAUUCGGUUGGAAAUUGGUUUGGACUGAUCUAAUCCGGCGUUUCCAGUUUCAGGAAACGGUGCCUUUGAAAAUUUGGGAGUUUCGAUUUCGUUUUCCCAAGUUCUCUGUGUUGAAGUGCGACUGGAAAGGAGUUGGCAGCAGGAAACACAUUCAUUUGAACUUGUAUCGUAAUGGGGGAUGUCGUUAGUAAAGCUGCAAAUGUGGUCGGCGAUCUACUUGAGAAAGCAUUUUUGGCUCCAUUUAAGACUAUGUUCAAUACCUCGUGCGAGGAUGUUUGUUCAGGACCUUGGGAUUUGAUUUGUUUCAUUGAGCACCUUUGUGUCUCCAAUCUGUUGAGACUGUUAAUGAUAUCGAUCCUCUGCUACAUAACUUUGUUGUUCUUUUAUCUAUUAUUCAAGCUGGGAAUCUUCCAAUGCGUUGGAAAAAGUCUAUGUAAAUUGUGUUGGGCUGCAUGUGAGACGUAUUGGUUUGCAUUGGAAGAUAUUACUUGUUUCUUGUGGUACAAGCUAAGGAACACUAGGAGGAUAGACCGACAUCGCCACCGCCAUCGCCGCCGCUACCAAUUUCGAGACAUAGAACAAGGCUUCAGUUCGAGUGAAGAAAAUAACUUGUGGGAUAACUAUCAUAACUUAAACGUCAGUAGAAAGCGGAAGUCAGUCAGCAGGAGAAGAAAGGACAGGCUGCAGAACUCGAUUUACCCUUCAAGUAGGCAUGGUACUCGCAGCCAUCGCCAUGUAAGGUUAAAGUCUAGGGGAAGGUCUAUUCGUGUUGUGGGCAGGUCUCAAAGGGUGAGAAGUUCUAGACGUCUUCAAUUAAGCAAGGUGAGAAAUGUUAGAAGGCAAGCCAGAACUUCGAAGAGGAGGAGAAUUAAAUGAUUGUCUGUGAUUCUGAAAUUAGUUUGUUACUAGUAUUGUAUUUUGAUUAGUUGAAUUUAAGAUAAGAUAUUUGAUGAAUAUAUGAGACUGGAAAUCCACGCGUAUGAGGAGACAAUGCGCGAAUACCUCCCA